AUGAAAAUGAUAUUGCAUUAACAUAGUUUUGAGUAGGUUCUCGAUAGAAACACUAUGUAUUUUACAAGCGAUUAUCAAUCAUUUUCAAUUGUAUUUAUAUUCUUAUAUACUCUUAUGGAAAGUAACUGUAAAGAGGCAAGUUUCCAUUUUAAUUCAUGUUGUUCUCAACCAUUUAUAUAAAUCAUAUAGAACUGUCAUUAUGUGGAUUUGAAAUAUACCAACUGGACAGACGAUCGCCCACGAUUUGUCGUCAAUAUGACAUUCUCCAAUCAAAAUGGCAUAGGAUCAAUUACGACGAUCAACGAGGAGGUUUCAUCCCCAAUCUCCAGUCUAUUAAUUGAGCAACAGGUUCCAAAAGAAAAGAAACGAGUCAUCUACAAUGUGACUACCAAAUUAUGUACACUACAAAGCAUAUUCAAUUCUGUGCCUCUGUUCAAGCCUGUCCAGGAAAAUAUGUUGAAGCAGAGUAACUACACAUUUAGCUGUCCGCUUAAGAAAGGAGUUUAUGUUAUGAGCAAUAUGCGCAUUAAUCCAAGAAACCCUCUGUUGGGUUUAAUGUACCAAGUCAAAGGUACUUUUUUCGUUAAGGGUGCUUUAUAUGCAGAAAUGCCCCAUGAUAUAUUACAUUCUUUGUCGACUUACUAUUUGACUGGCAGGAUUAUAAAAAAGAAUUGCGUUAAAAAUGAUUAAAUCUCAA